ACACGGAGUUGUCACGGAAUGUUGUUUCACCUUAUCUAUAAUUAGCCCAUAAGGAAGAUCAAUGUGCUUUUCCACAACUGCGUUACUACAAAUUCCGUUUGAAAAGAAACAAUAAACAGAUCGGAAAACGGGUUUCCGCCGAGGCGAGACCGACCGCUGGACGAUCAAAUACCCGGAGGGCGACCGGUGCCAAUUCCAAACGGAUAAGAUGUCUAUGACAUCACAUAAAAACCGAUACAAAAACGCUGGCCUGGACUCUCAGGAGUUGAGGCGUAGGCGUGAAGAAGAGGGGAUACAAUUGCGCAAACAAAAACGUGAGCAGCAACUUUCUAAGCGCCGAAAUGUCAACAUACCGAAUAUGCUCAGCGAUGAUGACUGCACCAUGCAAUCGGAAAAAAACAGUAGGGAUGGCAUAACAAUGGAAAUGGUCGAAGCAAUUUAUAGCCCGUCUGUUGAGCUACAGUUGUUAGCGACACAAAAGUUCAGAAAAUUACUUUCGAGGGAACCCAACCCCCCUAUAGAUGAAGUGGUAAAAACUGGAAUUGUACCUAGAUUUGUGCGUUUUUUAGAGGAUUCGGAUAAUGCUACAUUAAAGUUUGAGGCUGCUUGGGCUUUGACAAACAUAGCCUCUGGAACUUCAUUACAGACAAGGAUGGUGAUUGAGGCUGGAGCAGUACCUGUUUUUAUCAAUCUUCUUUCCUGUGGGAUGCUUGAUGUUCAAGAACAAGCUGUCUGGGCUUUGGGGAACAUUGCUGGCGAUUCAGCCGAGUGUAGAGACUUUGUACUCGACUGUGGAAUUUUAAAUCCUCUUCUUCGAUUGUUAGAUCCAGCGACAAGGGUAUCAGAACAACUUUCCAUGAUCAGAAAUGGCGUUUGGGCACUUUCAAAUUUAUGUAGAGGGAAAAAUCCACCACCAGAUUUUGCAAAAGUUUCUCCAGCCCUUCCAGUUCUGGCCAACCUUCUUCAUAGCGUGGACGCAGACGUGUUGGCAGAUACGUGUUGGGCCUUGAGCUAUCUCUCGGAUGGACCAAAUGAAAAAAUCGAGGCGGUCAUAAAUGCAGGUGUUUGCAGGAAGCUUGUUGAAUUACUUAUGCACAACAAACAUAAUGUAGUGGCUGCAGCUUUAAGAGCAGUUGGAAAUAUAGUGACCGGUGAUGACCAACAGACCCAAGUGAUGAUUCAAUGUUCUGUAUUACCUUGUCUAUUAGAAUUGUUACGUUUUCCGAAAGAAACCAUUACAAAAGAAGCCUGUUGGACAAUAUCUAAUAUCUCAGCUGGAAAUAGGCAACAAAUUCAAAUGGUUAUAGAAGCAAAUAUUUUCCCAGCACUUAUAGAAAUAGUAAAACAUGCUGACUUCAAAACAAAAAAAGAAGCAGCCUGGGUCAUCACAAAUGCAACAUGCGGCGGUUCGCCUGAACAGAUUAAAUACAUAGUCGAACAGGGCUGUAUUCCACCUUUGUGCGAACUUUUAACUUUAAUGGAUACAAAGAUUCUUCAAGUUGCACUAAGUGGCCUAGAAAAUAUUUUACGGGUAGGAGAACAAGAAGCAAAAGUCAAUGGAACUGUCAACCAAUAUGCUGUAAUCAUGGAAGAAUGCUGCGGCCUGGAUAAAAUUGAAUUCCUUCAAUCACACGAAAACAUGGAGAUCUACCAAAAGGCAUUUGGCAUCGUAGACAGAUAUUUCAAUGGUGAAGAUGAAGAUACUGGAGUGCUUCCAGAUGUAACUAUUAGCGGAAGUGGAGAGACGGGCUCAUACGUUUUUAACCCCCCAGAUCCAAACUUAAGUAUGCAUGGUUUUCAACUUUGAGCCUUUUUCUAUUUAGGUAUGAUUUUCCAGGCAGUUUUGAAAACAGCAGAAGCUAAGAGACUAACAGUUGUUUCGAUCACACACGUAAAGAGCUUACCUUUAAAAAGUAUUUACUAUCAGUGAAUGAGAGAACAUUGGCUACGUUUAAGCUAAUUAAAGCUCUUAGUAAUUGGAAAAAGAUGGGAAAACGACAGUUUAAACCUGACAAAUCUGUAAAUUAAUAAAAAAAAUAUUAAUACUGUAAUAAUAAAAUAUAAUUAUAAUAUAAAAUGUGUUACAGAGCUAACAAAACUGAGGCAAGUUACCAUGUAAUUUUGGAGUUAGGUUUUGUAUUUUCCCUUUCUUUAGUUUGUUUGAAAGUAAGACUUUAUACAAAAAGUUAGUAAAGUCAAUCAAGAGGUAAUACAAUUUCUCUGUAAACAUAAAAUUCAGACUAGACUUUUUUAAAUUACACUAUUAGUUUAUACAAAUUAUUCUAUAUUUUUUAAAACAUUUUCAAAACAUUUAAUAGGAAUAAACUAAUCUGUAUUGUACACUAGUUCAAAAGGAAAACUAAUCGAAGCUAUGGGUAUUUGCUUUGUAUGUAGUUAACUCGUACAAAUAUUUUUCCUUAUAGUAAACAAUUCUGCAAGUGAAAGAAUUGACUUGCUCGUCGCAAAAAUAUGAUCCAAAAUACACAACUUGGAAAAUCCUCCCCCCCUCAAAUAAUGUACAUUAUUGUAUACAGUUAACUUUGUUUAUAAAAUUAAAGUGUGUUUAACAAAUACUGUGAAGAAUUGUAUGAUUUUCAAAUUAUUGAAUUUUGUCCAAAGUUUGAUGCUUGAUCAAGCCUAGACGGUUGGCUUGUCGAGUGAUUAUUAUAUCAAAGCGCUGGUUUUACUUGGCACCAUUAACAUUGUUAAUUACUUCAAAUGUUUAAUACACACAAUCGUAAACUUUGUUUUGUUACAAGAAAGACUGAACAUUUCUUUUUUUUAUGAUUAUCAGUAUGGUUUAUUAUUUUCGAUCAAAUAUUUAAUUUCUCCUAUUGACAUUUGUAUUGUCUAAAGUAUAAAACAAUAAAACUGAUACAUGGUGUUUUGAGUUUUUUAGUUUUAACUAUUACAACACAUAUCAGGUGCCAUAUUCAUCAAACUGACCAUGAAAACUGAUUAAAAUGUCUUAAUUACUACUGUUAAGGACUAUUUAGUAUUGGGCCAAUUGAUGGUUUAAAAGGACAGAAAUGAAGUUUGUACUUUUACCUAAAAACUAUUGAGUAAUUAAACGUGACAACUAAGUUGGCAUGAAGUUUUUUUUUAAUAUAUAAAUUCCUCAUUAUAUUACAGUAAUAAAAAGUGGAAUAACAGCAUAUGUUUAAUUAUUGUUAAUUGAGAAGUGGUUUAAUUUUUGAAUUUGUUUCCUAUGUGUUAAUGUUGAAAUUUGUUACGAGUUUGGCCAUUGCAGCUGUUUUAUGUAACCCAGAAAGAGAAAAUAAAUCUGUUUUAUGAAUUGUAA